AUGAACCUCACUAUGCAGACAAACACUUUCUUCCUGAAGACCAUUCCAUGGCUUCUCACACUACUUAACUCUAUCCAACUCACCACCGCUGACCCAUCAUCGAGGGACUCAAAUCAUCAAUCUUCUCCUAGUCGUUAUGUUUUUGCACACUUCAUGGUCGGCAUCGUAAGCAACCGAGCCAGCUCCGCCGACUAUGACAGAGACAUGCAACUCGCUCGUCGUGCCGGAAUCGACGCAUUUGCCCUGAACAUCGGCGCCGACGCAUUCACAGACACGCAACUCGACUAUGCCUAUGCAUCCGCAGCCACAAACCACAUGAAAGUCUUUUUGUCUUUCGAUUUCAAUUCCUGGGACCCAGCAGAUUCAUCAUCAGUCGGGGCAAAAAUAGCAAAAUACGCUAAUCAGACUGCUCAAUUGUCUGUUGAUGAUGAAGUCUUUGUUUCGACUUUCAUAGGCGAUGCACUCAAUGUCGCAGAUGUGCGUGCGAAAGCUGGUGUUCCGAUCUUUUUCGCGCCGAAUUUUAGCCCUGGAUCGUCUAAUUUUAAGGAGUUGGAUGCGGCGUUUAAUUGGAUGGGUUGGCCGAAUAAUGGUGCUAAUAAAGCGCCUUCUUCCGCCUCGAAUCUCACAGUGCGUGAUGGCGAUGUGGCGUAUAUGAAUGCGUUGGCGGGCGAAGAUUAUAUUGCGCCGGUCAGUCCGUGGUUCUUUACGCAUUACGGACCCGAGGUGUCGUAUAGUAAGAAUUGGGUGUUUCCGGCGGAGGGACAGUGGGUUCAGAGGUGGCAGGAUUUGUUGGGGCUGGGAGCCAGGUUUGUGGAGAUUGUGAGUUGGAAUGAUUAUGGGGAAAGUCAUUAUGUGGGACCGCUUUCUGCACCACAUACUGAUGAUGGAAAUUCAAAAUGGACGAAUGAUAUGCCUCAUGGAGCAUGGCUCACCCUCGCUACCCCAUUUAUCCGUGCUUUCCACGCCGGCGCCUCCACCCCCUCCAAAUAUAUCAAACGCGACCUCAUAGUCUACUGGUACCGACCCAAUCCCCUCUCUCUCAACUGCGGCGGCACAGAUACAACCAUGCUCCCUGCAUCCAACUCCUCCGGCGACUACUUCAACGGCAAACCCCACGGCUGGCAAACCGAAACCGACAGCAUCUUCGUAACCGCCUUUCUCAAAUCUCCCGGCAACAUCACCGUCGUCUCCGGCAGCGGCGCUUUCCAAUUCAACGCCGUACAAGGCGUGAAUGCCUUUAGCGUCCCCAUGGGAAUCGAAAACCAAAUCUUCGGACUCUGGAGAAAAGGGAAAGUGGUACUCCAGGAAACGAGUCCCCGAAAUGUAACAGAGACGUGCGCGUGUGGAAAUUAUAAUUUUAAUGCGUAUGUAGGACGGGUUCCGGCCGCGAGAGGAAAUGAUGAGUUGGCUCUGGCCGGAACGGCACUUUUGACAAAGGGGAUUAGAGUUCCGGUUGAGCAGUGUGUGGCUGUGAAGGGGGAAGUGGAGGAUGUGGUGGAGGAUGUGGAUGGGAGUGUGGGGGUUUCGGAAAGUACGAGUGAGAGUGAGAGUAGCACGAAUCAGAAGAGAUCGUGGGGAUUGCCGAAUCGCUGGGAAUGGAUUAGGGGGUGGAGAGAUUUUGUGGAUUUGGGUUAG